UUCACUGUCAUGGAAAAAAAUCCCCCCAUGCCUCCGCCCACGUCAAGGAAGCCUAAAACCACUUCACUGAUCACCGGCGACCACUCCCCUCCGCCAGCUCCCCACCUGAGAUGAUCUUGUUGAAGUAUAUGUACCUAUAUGUAAUUGUCCAAGUACCAACAUGUAGUUUGCCGGGUUAGGGUUAGCAUAGUCGUAUAUAUAUAUUGGUGUAUGGCUGUACAGAGGUAAGGUGAUUUUAUGUGAAUAAGAGUUGGCCGCCGUUCUCCGUGGACUAGUCCUAACGACAAUCGUUAGGGAAACCACGUUAAUCUGUGUCUCGUGUUCUCCGUGUUCUUGGUAUAAUUGACAUGGUAUUAGAGCCUGUCGAUUGCUUCUCGUGAUUUGGCUGGGUUCUCGUCUCUGUUAGUGCGCUUCGAGUGUUGUUCUUGCGUGCUGCCUUUGGGUUGUUGGUGCGCCAUUUUUUGUGUGGCUUUGUGGCUGCUCGCAGCACUUUUGGGUGGACUCUUUUCUUCUUGUGGCUUUCGGUGUGGUUGGGUAUCAUGGACAGCUCCAAGAAUGAUGCUCUUCUUCCUCGGUUUAAUGGCAAAAAUUUUGCGUUAUGGGAAUUUCAAUUCCGCCUUCAUGUUCAAGGGAAGCGCCUGCUUCCUAUUUUGGAUGGUACCGCUAGGGCUCCAGCGGCGACAGCUUCUCAAAAAGAUCAAGAUGAUUGGGCUGUGAAUAAUGCUUCGGUUAUGUCAUUGAUGCUGAGUUCUCUCGAGCCUGGGAUAGCGUUGAGUCUCCGUGGCUUUUCUACGGCGUCGCGCGAUGUGGGAGCACUUGGCGAAGCUUUACUCUAAGGCUAACGCUUCGCGCAAAUUUGAUGUCGAGCAUGACUUGGCCCAGCUGAAGCAAGGAGAGCUCUCGAUCAGCUCCUAUUACCAGGAUGCUGUUACGUUAUGGACCGAACAAGACCGGAUUUUGGCCUCCUUGUCGUCCUCACCGCCCACUCCCGAUGCGAUCAAUGAACGAGCAAGCACUCGUGUAAUGCGCUUCCUCAUGAACUUAAGGCCUGAGUUUGAGGGCAUAAGGGCCUCUCUUCUGCAUCGUGAGGUCUCAGCUGUGGAGGAUGUGCUAGCUGAGCUUCUCCGUGAGGAAACGAGACUUAAGAGCCAGGCAAAGCUUGAUAUUCACUCUAAUGGGCCUGGUCUUGCGUUUGCUGUAGGGGGAAGACCUCAAUUCCAUCGGCCAGCUAAAGGGGACGUGAUUUGCUAUCAUUGCAAGGCUCCGGGCCAUAUUCAAUUCCAUUGUCCGAAGCGCAACACUUGCAAUUAUUGUAAGUUGGAGGGUCAUCUCAUUGCGGCGUGUCCGACGUUGGCCCAGCGGAGCAGGUCGCGGUCUGCCGGCUCGCGUACUAGAUCUUCUCGCCCUGCUGUUGGUGGAGCCUAUGCGGCUGUGAAUGAGGGAUCGACUUCCCGGGGUUCUUCGGGGGCUUCCAUGACUCCUGAGGAGGUCCGUCGCCUUGUCCAGGAUGCCUUGAAGGAGGCUCUUCCAUCAGCCUUUGCUACGGGUAAGCCUUCUUCUUGUUUUCCAUCGUGGCAUGUAGAUUCAGCGGCUUACAAUCACAUGACUAGCUCGACUAGUGUCUUUCGUAAUCUUGAUAAGUCAGCACCCGGUAUUGCGUUACAAGCUGCAGAUGGUAAUAGAAUGGAAGUUCAGGGUGUGGGUCAUGUUGUGCAGCCCCGUAUAUCACUUCCCAAUACGUUAUAUGUUCCUCAGCUAGUGCCAAGCCUUGUCUCUGUUGGUCAGUUAGCUGAUGACGGUUGUCGCAUCAUAUUUGAUGCGGCGGGGUGUUUUGUGCAGGACACGAGGACGGGGAAGGAGCUCGGGAGGGGAAGUAAGAAAGGGCGCACCUACAUGCUCGAUCACUUGGAUGUGCAAGCUGGUGGCGGGCAAGUUCAGGAUCGAUCAGUAGGGGAUCCUCUCUAGGUGGCGAACUUGAAGAAUAAUUGUGAGAGUGAUAUGUCUGGUUGCAGUAGACAUGAUGUUUUUUCUGGUUUUUCGGUCAAAUUAUCGAACUGGGAUCUAUGGCAUUUUAGAUUGGGACAUCCGCAUUCAAUGCGACUUCGUACUAUGUUUCAGAAUAAAUGGUUAUCUGGUAGUGGUUUAUCUGAACAGGAUCAUGAAUGUGUUCACUGCUUACAAGCUAAACUGUCUCAGCGUUCGUUUAUGACAAGUGAGACGGUGUAUUCUGAGCCAUUUGAGUUAAUUCACACUGAUUUAUGGGGGCCCUCUCCCGUUACUUCUCGCCUUGGUUUCCGCUACUUUGCGUUGUUUAUUGAUCACGCUACGCGCUAUACCUGGGUUUUCUUUCUUCGCCAGAAGUCUGAAUUGUUCUCCUGUGCUCAGGAGUUUAUUCAAAUGGUGUCUACGCAGUUUGGCAAAAUGAUUAAGAUUUUGCGUUCUGAUCCUGGGGGUGAGUUUACUUCGAAUCCGUUACAGGCUAUGUUGCGAGAGAGGGGCAUUCUUGUUCAACAGUCCUGUCCUAGUGUUCCGCAGCAAAACGGCCUGGUGGAACGUAAGAAUAGGCACGUUUUGGAACUUACCCGUGCCAUUUUAUUUCACUCGCAGGUUCCAAAGAUGUUUUGGGUGGAAGCAGUUCAUACGGUCGUCUAUUUGAUCAAUCGACAAAAUAACGCCAGUUCUUAGCC